AUGUCAGUGACGUCGACCUCUCCCCGACGCUUCUACGCCAACGCGAAAACUUUUGACGUCCAGCCUAUGCAGAAGAGGACGAGCUUUUACGCCAUGCCCCAGGGCGAUACCCAGAUCUGGUUGGACUGGGUGCAUUCAGAGCGAGCAGCGAACUCCUCAUGGGGCAGUUCGACAUCUACAACCCUCGUCGAUGACUACAAGCACAAUCCCACCGAGUCGAAGACGCACGACAAUCCUCUGUCCCUAUGCUACUCACUGACACCCCCGACACCACACUCGCCCGACAGCGACAUGUCGUCGUCACAGUUAUCGAUCGAUUCGGCGUCCGUGUUCGACGAGAUGCCCGAGAUUCCUUUCGUCUCGUCUCCUGUCCAGUACGGUAACCCGUGGCAUCAUUACCGGAAGGGAAGCGCGGGUCAUGACGCAGAACACUUCUGGUCGUCCGUCAUCCGCCCCACAGCGUCCCAGUCGUCGGACCGGAGCAUUGCGGUCUUAGGACAUACGAACGACCGCGUAAUGGGGCCAUCGAGGCAGCGGUCCGGAUCCCUGGAUUCCAUGGCUUCAUCUCGGUCGAAGCCUGCACCAGCGAAAUCGAUCCUGUCGUCGAGCUCGUCCAUCCGAACACGGACGGGGCGAUCACCUUCAUCCGUCAAGUUUCUCGACAUGCCGACCAUUCACUACCAGGAGUACGAGCCGGAGUCUCCUCUCUCGCCAGAGGCUCCAUUGGAGAUCAAGAAGCUUGGCCUCUUGGACCGGAUUUUGCGUCCGAUGAAGAAACCGCAACUUGCACCUGCGCGUCCUAUGAUUUCUGGGCCAAUUCCGCUAUGGGAGAAGCCGCCACGACGCGUUUGUAGUGGGGCCGCUAGCCUACGCUCUGUGAAAUCGAGCCGUAGCCUCCGGUCCGUCCGGUCAUGUAGCAGCAGGCUGCAAACAUAUUGGGGCAGAAUUACGCGGAGGGAUAAUUGA